AUGACUUAUAUUCCUUCAAUGACAUUGACGAAAGCGUGGCCAACGCUCACGUUAGAAAACAAAGUCUAUAGUCAGCGCCAAUUGGGCGACAUAUUUGGCAGGCCUAGGACGUUGAGGCAGCAGGAUGGCUACCCCUUAGGCGGCAUCGGCGGUCAAGGUGUGGCAGACUGUCAUCGGGAGGACUAUAGGAGUCGAAAGGUCAUCAGCACAGGAGCUGAGUACGAAAAUUGGCAAUUCUCGAUUUCACACUUUGCGGGUGGGCAUUAUGUUAAAUUCCGAAGGAGUUUCCUCCCCCCUCCAGUACAGGAAUCUGUUUUCACCCAUUGCGACGUCAGGAGAGAUAACAUUAUGGUCAAAAUGGACGAAAACAACGGGUGUGUUGUGACUGGCAUUAUCGAUUGGGAGGAAAGCGGCUUCUACCCGGAUUACGACGAAUGCAUGAAAGUAACCAAUACAUACAACACGAGGGAAGAUUGGUUUGAUUUUCUGCCAGGUUGUAUUGCUCCACAGACUUUUCCGGUGCGGUGGCUGGUGGUUUGA